AUGACCUACCAGAACGCGCUGGACCUGCUGGGGGUGAGGGAGGGAGCGACGUUCGACGACAUCCUGCGAGCGAAGAAGCGAAUUACAGACCCAGGCACCGCCGAUCAGGAGCUUCUUCUGAGGGUCGAAGCAGCGUGCGACAUUCUCCUUAUGCAGUCCCUCUCCCGGCGCCGUUCCUGCGAGGUAGCAGACAAUUGCGUCGAAGCAGCGUACGACAUUCUCCUCAUGCAGUCCCUCUCUCGGCGCCGCUCCGGCGAGGUCGUCGACAGCAGCGUGCGCUUCGCGGACGUGCAGAAGCCCCGCCCGCCCGCCCCGCCUUCCUGGCUGCAAAAGGCCCUCAAAUCCUCGGCCGGCAAGGCACUGGGGCUGUCAACAGGGGGGCUCGUGCUGGGAGCAGUGGUGGACAGUCUGGUGUAUCCUGUUGGCAGCAAGGCAGCAGGGUUGUCGCAGGGGGGGGCUUGUGCUGGGAGCAGUGGUGGGCAGUCUGGUACAGCCUGGUUGCGAGUCGACAUCUUUCCCCUGCCGGGCAUCGGCUCCCCUCCGUCCUCAUUAGUGAAUUCUCCAUUAUCAACCUCUGGCUCGCCGCUGUCUUCCUGCGCUGAUCUCCCUCAAGUGAAAUAA